AUGAAGAAAACAUUGUCAGCGUCACAAGGUACUAUGCUGGGGUCAAACCCUGAAUUAACCAGCGUUUCUAAGGAGAAUAUAAUUUCGUUCAGAAACAAACGAAAGCAGCCAGACCCGGACCAAUCCAUCUCCAAUACACUACACGACUUCCGUGAGGAACUGAUGACCUGCUUCAGGGAAUUCUCUAAGUCCCAAAGCGAGGCUUUACUGAAGCUAACGGACAACGUCACCAAUAUCGGAUCACAAAUAACUGAUAUAAAACACGACCUAAGCAGCUUCAAAACAGAAGUCACCCAGGCGCAGUCUGCGGCUAAUGCUAGGAUAAAAUCGCUCGAGGAAGCCUUAGUAUCCACAGAAUCAUCAUUGAAAACUGUCAUUCAGGAUUUACAUAUGAAUGAUCAGCGCAGUAGAAUGAAUAACCUCGAGAUCUCCGGCGUUCCGAUGUCCAAAGGUGAAAACUUGCACACAAUGGCAUUCAAUAUGGCGGCAAAAGUAGGUAUCAAACUCGAAGUGUCCGAUAUCAACUACAUUCAUCGUGUGAGAAGAUACCCUUCAAGGAACCAAGAAGGUGACUCAGAUGAUAAGGAAUCAGGAGAUGGCAACCGCCUCCCUCCCAACAUCAUCAUCAGGUUCCUGCGGCGACAAAUGAAGAAUGACUUCUUGGCAGCGGUACGUGCCCGGCGCGGCCUGACUACAGCCGAUCUCGGGUUCGACGCAAUACACGUUGAGACCCAAGAGAAAGGGAAGUCGUGGCCAGAGCUCAACUUGCUGGCCCACGACAGAGAAGCAUGGAAGCGCCUGGUGUCAGCCCCAGACUCCUCGGAGGAGUAA